CUCGGGGCGGUGGGCGUCGAUCGCCGCCGCGACCAGAUAAAUUGCCACAAUGUGGGGCAAGAAGUCAAACGAGGUGCCUCUGCAAAACCCAAGGCAUAAACAAAACAAGGAUUCUACCAGAGAUCUAACUGCAGCAUGGGCUACUUUUUCUCAGACUAAGGCUGCUCUACGGCAUAUAGAGAACAAAUUGGAAAUAGCUCCCACCAGUACGGCUGUAUUUGAUUCUGUCAUGGAUGCCAAGAAGCCCUCUGCUAGUGCUAGCAGGAAAAUCAGCAGAAAGGAUAGGUACCUAGAGAGUUCUUUGGUUUCUGCUUCAGCUUCCCGGUCCUCCAGCCAAAAUAAACCAAGUAAGGCGAAGUCCUCACGCAGCCCUCUUCGAGCCACCACUCUUGAAAGCAAUGUGAAAAAAAGCAGCCGUGUGGAAUUUCCUGAGACAUUCGUUUUGUACAGGGAUGCAUAUAAUCCUCUGUUUUACCACGGUUCUAACCAACUUGAGGCCAAGCACCUGCUUUCCAGUUUGGACUUGAGCGAAGCAGAAGGGAAGACUGAACUGACAGGCCAUAUGAUAUGUGACCUAGAUGAGCAGGAUCUACAUGGCAGGGACUUUGAAAGCCCAAGUUCUUCUGCUGUAGAUGAGACUGUUGUUAGGUAUUUGAAUGACCGACCGGCAAUUGCUGCCUUGCAGAACAAUGAGGCAUUUCGUAGGGUUGCAAUACCUCCCAGAUUGGAAGAAGAAGAAAACAGUGGCUCCAGAGGAGAUGAGAGGAGCACUAAAGCUCUUCAGAAUAACAUACCUGAGUACAAUGACCUGAAAGUGUGUCCCCCUUCUGUCAAGACUGCUUCUAAUGCUCAUAGACUGGAACUCUUGAAAACACAGCAGCAUGAUGUCAAGUUGGAAAAGCUGAAGGAGCGGAUUCGAAAACAGUGGGAGCAUUCUGAAGGCCUAGGUGGCAGAGGGCAGCACUCAGGAUAUGCUGAGCAACCUGUCGUGAUCACAAACGUGGAGAGUGCUGUGACACCCAAAGUCAGGAAGGUGGCAGCUGCACCUGCUGCUCCAUCGUACAGAGGUUUCAAUCCUGCUGAAACAAAGAUUCGUGCUCCAGAUGGAAAAAUCUGGCAUGGGGAAGGAUUUCACAUUAGUCGGGAACUAUAUAGAGAUAUAGCUCUCCACUUUUGUUUGUUUUCAGAGGAUUCAGCAAUGAAAGGAAAACCUCUUGAGAAAAACAAAGAGAAAAAAGCAGCCAGACCAGUGCGGAAAGUGCAGAAACUGACACGGUUGUCAAGUCCUGAGUCCAAACAAGGUGGAAACUAUAUAAUAAGUGCAUCCUCCUGGCGGGAGGGACAGAAGCUGGCCAAAAAGAUGCUGGGUCCAGCUCCCAGAAUAGAACAGGAGAGAAGAGCUGUGUCUAGUGACAGAACAGGACGAGAGCGUGCUGCGAAGUUUGGUGGCCGUAUUGGAAGGACAGGUUCAGAUUCUAGACUGGAUGUUGCCCGUAAAACCUCAACAAGUUCUGAAAGGUCAAGGAGUAAAAUACGAUCUGGGAAUAAACUGAAGAAACUGGAAGCUAUUUUUCCAGAUGAUAACCAAGCAGGUCAUGCCCCUGUAAAUAAGGACUUCCUGCCUGUGGAGAUACGUGGAAUUCUUGAUGACUUGCAGUUGGAUUCCAUGAGUACAAAGCAAGAGAAAGAUGUGGAAAAGCAGAAUCAGAAACCUGUUUUGCCUACUCAAAACGCCAGGAGCCACAGUCCAACGAAAAGGAAACCAGACAAGAUAGCUGCCAUUGAGGAGCCUCAAGUGAUCAGUAAGAAACGUCACUAUGAUACAGAUGAGGUUCGUCAGUUCAUGAUCAAGCAGCAAGAGGAGAGGAAGAAGAAACAGAAUGAAGAGAAGAAAGCACAAAAGGAGGCAACAGAACAGAAGAACAAAAGACUCCAGGAGCUCUACAGAAAGCAGAAGGAGGCUUUUACUAGAGUGAAGAAUGUGCCUCCUCCUGAGCCUUCAGCAGCCAAACGGUUACAGGAAACCUAUUCUAAGUUAUUGCUGGAGCGUACACUUUUAGAAGAGCCACCUCAGCUGCCUGCAGUGCAGGAGGCACAGCCCAAACCUGGUUAUCAGCCAUCUGGGGAAUCAGACAAAGAAAACAAAGCUCAAGAGCGUCCUCCUAGUGCAUCUUCAAGUAGUGACAUGUCACUUUCAGAACCACAGCAACCACUGCUGAGGAACGAUUUGAUGGAGCCUCCACAGGUACAGCCAGACAGAUUGAGCCCCAGAGUCCAUCUCUCUCACCAGCAAGUUCCCAUGGGCUCAAGUGGAGGCCCUUGCUCCCAACACUGGAACCUGGAGCAGAUGGACCUUUUGUCAAAGGAGUGUGAUGCGAUGUUGGCAGGCAGGAGGUGCCAUGCUACCCCAGUGGGAUCGCUGACCAUGAGGCCUCAGCCAUACCUGAAUUCAGCUGCACAGCAGAAUCUCUUGGUAAAACCUACUGCUAACCAAUAUAAGAGCAAAUUGGAUCGGAUUGAAGCUUUGAAAGCUACAGCUGCUUCCCUUACUAGCAGGAUUGAAAAUGAAACCAAAAAGUUGGCAGGGACUGGAUUCAAUUAUGGUGCCAUGUGGAACUCAGACCAUGAAUUUAUGCAAGAAAAGCAGGGUGAUGGGCGGUGGGCAAAGGCUGUGAGUCCUCCUGUGAGAGAGGAAAGUGAAGAUGCCUAUUCAGCCAGAAUUCAAAAGAUGUUGGAUGCCUGUGUGUCUCAUACAGCCUUUGGUGACAGCCUUCCUGGGGUAGGCAACCUUAGUGAAUUUAAAAAGCUCCCUGAGACGAUCAGGCCUCAUACUGCUGCAGUCAGCCUUGGAAUGAGAUCCCCUGGUGCUAACCGGCAUGAGGGGAUACUAGGACAUACAUCUAAGAGACAGAGCGACUCACCAGGGCGUGAAAGCCAGGCUCACACUCCCACCAAAGCUGUAAUUCCUCUUGAGUCCAGCAUUGAAUCUAUCAGUGAAGGGCUUCUCCUGAGUGACGGAAGCUUCUCUGAGGAGGAAGGAGGCCAGCAUAAACCGUUACAAUUUGGAGGGAUGGAGACGUUAAAAGAGAAGUAUUUCUGUGUUCGGGAGAGAAAUGCUUUUGAGCCCAUCAAGGAGUUUCAGAAAGAAGCUGAGAAGUAUUUGCCACUUUUCACUCCCACAAGUGGCAUGUGCAGCAAGGGGCCCUGGGAGGAACUGGAGAAGGGAAGUCCCCACAGCGUCAUCAACAUCUUCGCAAAGAGUUACCAGCUUAAUGGAAAAGCGUUUGAAAAGCCGAAUGGAGAGACUACCCUUAUGCGCCCUUUGCUCCCUGCCAUGAGCCCUCCAGAGAGUGUGGUUUCUUACGAAGAUGAUUUUUCCUCAUCACAGGGAAGUAGCACUUUAACAGACAAAAAGAUUUCAUGUGACCUCAGCAGUAAUUCAAGCAUUCAGGAAGAGGUUCCUAGUAGGAAGUCUCCCUAUGAACCUCCAUCUGCAGAGCUUGCUUCUAACCAUUCAUCUGGACCACGGUCUGCAACAUCAUCCCGCUCCUCUGGUUCCUCGAAAAAGAGAGGGAAAAAGGAACGUAAGUGGUUGGAGUCUUUCAGUGGAAGUUCUCACCACUUUCCUGUGGAAGAAGGGAAAAUACUGUCUGAAUUAGAGUGGGGAUCCCAACAGGCAAAGAAGUCCUUAUCAGGUAGCAGAAUUUCUAGUAAAGAUCACGAGCAGAACCCAGAUACAGACAGCACGCUGGAAAACUUGUCUGGACACUCCCUAAUGAGUUUCUCAGACAAGGGAAGACCCCAGAAGACACAGACUUCUUCCCCACCUCCUGGUUCCCAAAAAAUGUUGCAGUUUGAUUCUAUAGCCAAUACAGCAGAAAGAGUCAAGUCAUCUUCUGGCUUCUCUGGACCCACAACAGCAGGGAUGAAGCCUAAUGCAGCUUUCCCUGACUUGAGCAUGGGAACUGGCAGGUCUGGAUUGACCAAUAAAUCUUAUCCAGCAGGAUGCAUACGCUUCUCUCCUGCUGGUCUUCAGCAUCGUUUGUCAGCAGAAUUGAACUACCUUAGUGCUAUUGAGGAGUCUGUGAGACAGCUUUCUGAUGUAGAACGAGUACGAGGCAUAGCACUUGCUCAACAAGAGAGUGUUUCUUUGGCUCAGAUUCUAAAGGCACAGCAGCAGCGCCAUGAACAAGACUUAGCUGUUUUGAAAAUCAAAGCUGAGCAAGAAGCUUUAGAAAGUCAGAGACAACUGGAUGAGGCAAGGCAGAAGGCAGCUCAGGUCCACGCAGAGUCAGUGCAGCACCGGGUCCAGGCACAGCAGGAGGCUGUACAAGAGACCUCAUGCAAGGCUGCAGCCAAGCAGGCAGAAAGUGCGCAUCUCACUACAGAUGCAGCUCAUUGUAUUUGUUUUUCUUGUACUCAGAUGACAGAGAUAGUACAAACCCAGAUCUCAGACAAUGUCAGUGCUCCGGCUGCUCCAGUCUCCUCCUUGUUUGACCAACAGCGGCAGCUCCACUUAAAGUUCCUGAAGCAACUGAGAGCUCGAAAUGAUGCAAACAGGAAAUGUGAGUCUGCUGCCGUCUCACAAGCUAAAGAGGAGACAGGUGACUUGAAAAAGACAUACUUGCCAAUAUCUGAUAGCUAUUCAGAGUCUUCAAGAUCAAAGGUUCAUGAUCAGAGGUAAGAAGAUACCAGCAGCUGCCAAGAGAGUCCUUCAGCUCCAUCUUCUAAGGAGAAUGAGAAGAAGCUUUCCCAUCAUGAAAAGCUAACUAGCAGUAUUGAAGAGCAGGCUCAUACUGCUGUGGAUGAUUCCUUGCCAAGUGAUAGUAUUUUGUCACUGCCAGAUGAAAAAGAUUCCGCUUCUGUUGCAACAGAGUAUUCCCUGAAAUUUGAUGAGUCCAUGACAGAGGAUGAGAUUGAGGAAAAGUCUUUCCGGUCUUUGCUGCCCUCCGAGAGCCAUCGCAGAAAUAACUUGGAGAAGAAACGUGGUAAUCGCGAUGACUCUGACGAGGAAGUCUCACCAGAAAAAACAGCUCUGUCAUCUAUCAAGGAACUGAGCAUGCCAUUCUCAGGAGGUCAAGAUAGUUUCUCUAAGUUUACCAUGGAGAUGGUGAGACAAUACAUGAAAGAGGAGGAAAUGCGAGCAGCUCAUCAGUCCUCACUGCUUCGGCUCCGGGAGAAGGCUCUGAAAGAGAAGACCAAGGCUGAAUUAGCUUGGCUGGAGCACCAGAAGAAGCAUUUACGAGACAAGGGAGAGGAUGAUAAGAUGCCUCCAAUUCGAAAGAGGCAGCGUGGUCUGCUGCUGAGAUUACAGCAGGAAAAGGCAGAAAUCAAGCGUCUUCAAGAGGCUAACAAGGCUGCUCGUAAGGAGAGACAGCUGAUCCUUAAGCAGCAAGAGGAAAUAGAACGAAUCCGGCAGACUACAAUGAAACUGCAGGAAAAGCUGAAGUCUGCAGGAGAAAACAAGCUGGAAUUUCCCAGCGAGGAUGACAUCAAGCAGAGCAAUGCUUCUAGCCCGCUUCCAACUGAUGGAGAAACACGCAGCCCUUCUCCAGUCUCAAUCUCCAGCAGUGAGACUAGCAGCAUUAUGCAGAAACUUAAAAAAAUGCGCAGCAGAAUGGAUGAAAAGUUCCUAACUAAGCGAGAACAGAAGCUGAUGCAGCGUCGACAACAUGCUGAAGAGCUGCUGGAGUGGAAACGCCGCCUGGAUGCAGAGGAGGCAGAAGUACGGCGUAUAGAAAAGCAGGCCCUAGCUGCCUGGGACAAAGAGCUGCUGAAAACCAAAACAGCCAAGAAAGACAAAGACCUGGGAGAUCAGAGAACUGAGCCCAAAGAAACAGCUAGUGAAGAAGAGUCUGCAGUGCCUUCUUUCUCUCAUCUGAAUGGUGAAAGCUCUAUCCCAGAAGAUCUUGGCAGUCCAGCUGCUGAGUCUGUCCCAUCAGAGACUAUGGGCCAUGUACAGCCAGAAAGCCCAGAUCAGAGUACAGCUAAUGAAGAAAUGGUUUAUUCUGAAGAGUCCAAGUCCUUUACCCCACCUAGCAAACUUCCUCCUCCCAAAAGCAGCAUAUCUGUAUCAAAGCAAGAUUCCAGCAAAAGCAGCCAUAGAACUGGAGGACAGCUGUAUUCACCAGUGAAGUCUCAUCAGAUAUCUCACACCUGGUCUGAUGAAUCUUUAUCUAUGACUCAGUCAGAAACCACAUCUGAUCAAAGUGACAUUGAAGGACGGAUCAGGGCCCUGAAGGAUGAACUACGGAAAAGAAAGUCAGUGGUUUACCAACUGAAAAAAGAACAGAAAAAAAGGCACAAGGAGAGACUGAAGGCCCAGGAAGCCAGUCUGAUCAAACAACUGGAGUCAUAUGAUGAAUUUAUCAAGAAGACUGAAGCAGAGCUGAGCCAAGAUCUGGAGGCAUCACCAACAGCCAAACCUCAAAUUAAAACUCCGUCUUCAGCUACUGCUGAAAAACCCAAGAUCAAAGCACCACCACUCCAUAGGUCUGAUACAGCUAAAAACUGGAAAUCUCUGGCUGAACCAGAGCGAUCCAGAGCGUCUUUGGAAGCCAUUUCAGAGGAUGGAGAUGCUCUGUCGUCAAGAGCUGAGAGAUCUGUGCACACCAAGAAGGUGGCUGUGACAGAUGUUCAUGCAGAGGAAUCUUCUGGAACAUCUUCCUCUGAUUUAAUGUCACUGAAGAGUUCCAGAGCAAGAUCUGCUGAUUCCUUGGAUAAUGAACCCUCAUUGUCUCUUCUCAAGGACUUGAAAGACAUUAGCAGGAUAUCCCACGGGUCAGUGAACAAUGUGGUAAAAGCAUCCAGUGAUGAGGCUGCCUUCCAUCAUAAAUCUGAGCUACAGGAAGACUUGGAAUACAUAAAGUCUGAGGAAUCUGAGACUGAAGAUUCUCAUGUUAAGCCGUUAGAGAGUUCUGAUGUCUUGUUGACAUUAGAGAAAGAGCAGGAGAGCUCACUGGACGUUCUUCCAAAGGAAACCCUCCAUUCUGAAAAUGACCUCUCCCCUCAGAAGGAGCUCUUGCACUUGGCUGUGGAAAGUUUUCACAGUACAGAAGAAAUCUUAAAACAGAGACUGACAGAUCAAGAUGCUGUAGCUGGCCCAAGUGUAGAACAGUCCUCCCACAAACUGAACGAAUCAGUGGAGGAAAAAGGUCAUCUGCUUUUGGAACAACUCUUGAGUCAAAAGCAGCCAUCAUACCUUGAAGACUUUGAAAGAUCCUCUUCCAGAAAACAAGCAUCAGUUGAAGAAACCCUUCCUGAUUACAAAGAUGACUUUGAAUCAUCUCUCCUCUCUUCUAACGGGGAUGCUCAGUCACUGGCAGAGCAGUCACUGCACACACAGUACAGCAGAAGCAGAUCCACCAGCCUGGGCAGCGAUGGUGAGAUCAGUGAAUACCUCAGCGACAGGUCUCUCUCUCUGUCCGGCAGCGUGCAGUCAGAGAGGUUAUUGGAACUUAAGUCACCAACAGAACUUAUCAAAAACACUGAACGCAGCGACGUGGAGCAGGAACAGGCCCCCACUGAGUCACCACUGUGGGCCCCUGUUUCAAUCACAGAAGCAGCAGAUAGUUUGCCAGAUUUCAACAUUGGUGAUAGAGUACUCGUGAGUGAAGUCCAACCUGGAACAUUGAGAUUCAAAGGUCUGACUAAAUUUGCCACGGGGUUUUGGGCUGGCGUGGAGUUGGAUAAACCUGAAGGGAACAAUAACGGAACUUACGAUGGAAUUAAGUAUUUUGACUGCAAAGAAAAGCAUGGCAUUUUUGCUCCUCCUCAAAAGAUUUCUCAUAUUACAGAAAGUAUUGAUAACUACUUAGACACAAAUAAGGAUGAAGACUUGUUUUUCGAUGACGGACUGGAGAAGCAACAUGAAGUUGAGCAGAAAGACAGACAAAGUUCCAAAUCUGGCAAAGAGGAUGAAAGCCAGAGCAGAGAUGCAACAGAGAGCUAUUCCCAGAAUAAAGCUCCUGUGGACACAGCUAUUUCAGAAGCCUCACCUGAGGAAGGAACUGAUAAAGAAUUGUCUUCUAAAGCAAGCAGCAUAAAGAUUUCUCUGUCUGCUGAAUCACUUGCCCAGGAACAGUCAGUAGUGGAUUAUCUGAAGUAUGCUGUAAAAGAGGAGACCAGCAUUGCUCCUCUUCUUUCUGGUGCUGUGGGUGAGACUGUUGUUCAGUUGGAUGAUAUUGCAGAUAUCCUUUCUGAAAAGCUGGAGAGACAGAAAACACUGGGGGAAGAAUGUGCAGAAAAAUUAGAUGAUCUCUCUCCUGAUGCUGCAGAGAAGUCUGAAACUCCACUUCUGGAUUUGCUGACAAAAGAAAAGAACCAAUUAGAAGCCCAGCUUAGACUACCACUUCAAGAAGAAGAAAAGUCAAAAGACCAACGGGAAAAGGUCAGUUUGCUGACAGACAGUCUACUUAGAGAUUUUCUGAAAGACACAGUCAAUCAGUUACAACAAAUAAAGAAGAUAAAAAAUGAGAAAAUCCAGCUUAGCAACCAGGAGCUCUGUGAUGUGAAGGAGGAAUGCAGCAUCCCACCCCAGCAGCUAGAAGAGCAAAUUCCCAAUGGACUGAGUAACUUUUUCCUGAGUUCUGAUUUGGAUGAUGAAAGAGAAGAACUUUCUUCUCCAGACAUGUGUCCCAGACCAGAGAGUCCAGUAUUUGGUGCCAGUGGUCAGGAAGAGCUUGCCAAGAGACUGGCGGAGCUGGAGCUCAAUCGGGAGUUCCUGAGUGUGCUGGGAGAUGAUCAAGACUGGUUUGAUGAGGACUAUGGCCUGAAUUCCAAUAAGGACCAGCAGAAGCAGGCUGAGGAACCUGCAGUGCUGCCCAAGGGAGAACCACAGAAAGUGCCAACAAAACUGUGUGAGGAGCCAUUGGCAGUCCCUCACACUGCUGUGGAGGUGGAAGGUAUGGUGCACGAAGCAGCUGAGGAACUCUGGAAACUGAAAGAGUUGGGUCAUGAUUUUCAAAGUUUCAGCCUUCAUACAGAUUUCGACAGCACCCUCCAAGAGCAGGACAGGGACACGAUAAACAAGCAGGUUUAUAAAAAGGUGGUAUUUGAUUUAACAAGAGAGAUCUUUGGGGAAAUCUUUGCUGAGGAUCCUAAUCUAAAUCAGCCUGUUUGGAUGAAACCAUGUAGGAUCUCAUCUGCAUACUUUCGCCGAGUAAAAGAUCCAAAUGAUCUGGAUGAAGUCAAGAGCUUCAUUGCUGCUGAAGUACUGAAGCUGUUCAGCCUGAGGAAGGAGCCAAAUCACAAAACAGACUGGCAGAAGAUGAUGAAAUUUGGGCGUAAGAAACGAGACCGAGUGGAUCAAAUACUGGUGCAAGAACUUCAUGAGGAAGAAGCGCAGUGGGUCAACUAUGACGAGGAUGAGCUGUAUGUAAAGAUGCAGCUGGCAGAUGGCAUCUUCGAGGCCUUAAUCCGAGACACUGUUGAUGUACUGAACCAGAUCAAUGAGAAACGGAAGCUGCUGCUCGUCUGACUGCACUGCCAGUGAACGCACAGCUGCAGAACAACCAAAUCACAGGCCUUUGACUCCUGACCUGCUCUUCACCCUGCUGGACUUUCAUAUGUGGAGUUUCAGGGCAGUUCAGAUGCGAUGAAAGGAACCUGGAUUUGCAUCUGCUGCCACCAGAGAUCUCCCGCUAGAUUUAUUGUUUGGAAUGAGCUGAUCCCUCACUUGAGGUUGUGUUGUGGAGUGCUCAAGACUGUUGGUGUAUCAAGGCACUUAUGCCACAUAAAUGUCAGCAGCUGUCUCAGGCUGUGGCAUGUUCAGUUUGUUCUCUGAAAGGGUUGGGUUAAGCUGCUGGGGUAUUGGCUGUUUUGCUGGAAUGGUUGUCAGCCAUCAGUACCUGACUUCAGAGAUGUGAGUAAUUUGGAGAAGAAACGGUUUGGUCAGCUUUUAGCCAUAAAUGGAGACUUACUGUACUGAACUUGUUAUAAUCCUAACACCUCUUCUCCUGCAGCCCUAACAAUGUGCAUCAGUUUCUUCCACUCCAGAGCCCAUUUAAUUCCCGUCUCUGUGAAGCUGGUUUUCAUCUUUCUUCUCUGAUGUGGUGCCAGGUAUGGUGCCAGUAAGUCCAGGGACAUUAGAUGAUGUUGCUUUCUACAUUCAAGUCAAAAAUUCUUGCUGCUUUUCCUAUGUAAUUUGCUUCAGUCUUGAGGUGGAGCAAUAGAAAAGGCCACCUAAUGUCAAGCAUGAAAGAUGAGCCUGUGGACAACUUUCCUCCUACCGUGUAGCACUUCUUCUCUUCCUGGAGCACCAGCUGCUCCCAGAUAAUGGAUACUCAGGAUUUUCUCAGGCACGAGACAUGCAGGAGUGAAAAACAUUUCCUCACAAGAAUUUGGCCUUCGAUCCCUCAGCCGCCUCCCUUACUGUCACCUAAUAAAUGGGAGGAGCUGUUACUUGAACAAUGUAGAGAACAGAAUGUAUUCACCAAAGAAAGGGGUGCCCAGUGUGCAACUGCAUGUUUUGUGCUUGUGGGGUUUUUAUUUAUUUUCAGAUAAUUUAUUAAGUGGGUUAUGGGAGAGUGUCCUGUGCAGGUGGCUGCACUGUCCUACCUUUUGAGACAGAUGAACUCAAGAAAGCAUCAUUUCUAGAAACUUCCAGAGCCCUGCAUUCUUCCUACAAAACCACCUAGUUCUGGAGGCUGAUGCAGGGAAGGAGAAGGCAAGAAGAACCAAACCUCAGUGACCAGGGGUACAAUGCAAAGGCAGGACUAGGAAUGGAGCUUCACCACACCUGGUUCAGAGACAACAGAAAGUUGAAGGGCUUGAGCUGAAAAUGAGGAAGAACUUCCUUGCUCCAGAAAUUCAAGGCCAUGGACAGCUGUUAAGUGGUUGGCUUGGUGCUGGAUUCAACAGCAGUGUCCUUCUGCUGAGUACUCAUUCCUAACCUGUCCCUCCCAUUCUUGUGUUUUUCUUGGAGGAACACAGACCAUCUGAGGUUGAACGGUUGAUGCCUUAAUAGUGGAUGUCCCUAAUUGCUGACCUGGGACAAGACCCAGAGGAGAGUCAGAUUCUUCAGACAUGCUGGAGUGCAGAAGGACACUUUGAAGCCCUCAGAGGUGCUCCCAAGAUGCUGCAGCCCACAAUAGGCGUUGCGGGGAGAUCUCUACUGUUUUUCAUCUGCUUGAUUCUUGGGCUUCUUGCUAUGCAUGCCUCUGCUACUGCUCCAUUUUAUUUUCUCUUUCCACCUUUUUUUUUAAUUAUUUUUGAAAGCUAUCAUUGGAAUAUUUGCAUUUUGCACAAUGACACACAGCUGGUAAUUCUUCAGGGACAGCACUGGGAAAUGUUGGAUUUGUCAGAGGUCCAUGCAGGUUCUCAGAUGUAGUAUUGCCAGCACCUCACUUGUGAGUGAAUGGUGAGCCAUAUUCAUGGGAGCUUAACGAGUGGAAGAGCAAGAUGGAGGUAAUGCUGUAUAGGAACACCUCCAAUGGUCAUGUGCAUGUCUGUCCUACAGUAGUGGCUCUUCUGGCUGGGAGUCAGACUAUGGUGGAGCAUUCAUCAGCUUUUUUGCCCAAGUGAUUCAUUUGUCCAUGUAAAAUGUCAUGAUGCUAACCAGGAAACAUUUGAAUGCUAAAGACAGAAGCAUACUAAAGCUGCUACAUUUAACCAGUCUGGUGUCACUGGUUGGGUCACCACUUCAGAUUCCCUUUCCUGGGUGUAUGUUUCUCAACAGCAAGGAUUGCUAUUUUUAUAGGUAGCAAUUACAGAAAGAAGGCAGAAACCUGCAGUGUAGGUUUGGGGCUGGAAUACCAGAGAAACAAAGUUACUUCCUGUUCUGUAGGUACCAUGGCCAGUGUUGAGAAGGUUGUCCUGCAUCCUUGAUCACUGCAUUAUGAGGCUUUGUGGCUGUCCUGCAGAGCUGGCAUGGCUUCUCUGGUCUGUCCUCCAGCAGGCAGAAGCUUGUACAGUUAACCUGCCAUGGUACCAGGAACCACUGGAGAUCUUGUGCUGAUUUUCUUGCUAGCUUGGAUAGCACCAGCCAAGUACUCCAACAGCAGUAGUAACUGUUCUUACAGCUGUUUGGGCAGAGAGAAGCUGUGUUUAAGUGAUGGCUUUAUUCCUUUGCAAACAUCAUUGUUUGAUUUGGUAGAAAUCCUUGCUAGGAGCAACCCUAAAAAGACUUGAACGUACAUGAAUUACCUUCUCAAUACCUCAAGUGUGUUGAGUUGCUUUGAGUUGAGUGUUAUCCUCAGAACUUUGAGUGUGUUGAGUACUUGUGGGCUGAUGAUUACUGAGAUGAAGCAAUGGUCUGUGUGGGUGACAAGGAAGUGUGGGGAAGCCUGGAGUGUCACAAGCAAAGGCUGAAUUCUCGGUUUCUCUCCUGUCCCCAACCUUCCCAUUCUAAGAACAAGAUGCAACCUUGGUGCAACCAUGGUAGAAGAUGCAUUUUUCUGAGACCCAUAAGCUGUUUGCAGCAGCAGCUGUCACCACUGGAAGGGGAGGUGCAGUUCCCUUUUCAGAAGGAUCUCAGUGCCAGGUGGGAAAGCCCAGACUUGUGAGGACAAGGAACACAAGUACCUCUCUUGUACCUCUCUUGCAGGAUGCUCCACGAGCUGAGCUGUGGAAUAUCAGUACCUCUGCCUUUCAGAAGAGACUUGUUGCUCACAAGGUGGAGUGAGGGGUUGAAAAAUCCCAUCUUGUUCACUUUCCUUUCUUGAAAAAAGUGCCCUUAGCUUUUUGCAAUACUUGAAUAAGUGUGUACCUGCAGAAGCUCUUCAGUAGCACAGCGAUAGAGACCUUUUAAAUGACUAUUCUGCAUGGGACUGCUUGCAGUUCCAACUUUCAUAUCCCUUUGCUACCUUAAGAAUAUUAGGAAAACAAAAGUACUUUUCAGCAGAGAAACAGAUGGAUCUUACAAGGUAUUCAGUGCAUCUGAAGUGUUUACAAAUCAACUAAAAUGGGGAAAAGCAAACUCUUUGAACUUGUUUGUAAUUUAAAAAAUGCUAGAUGCAAAAUUCUAUACAGAUGAAAGAGGAAUACUGUAAUUAGCCUGCAUUUACGAGUUUGGGGUUGUUGUUUUUCUUUUCCUUGACUUUGCAGAGCCUUUUGAUACACACUUGCAAAGCCGCCUUUUGGGAGGCUCUGUCUCCCCCUGUACUGUGUUGUGGAGAUGCUGAAAAGAAAACCUGUUUACUGUAUGUGUGUAAAUAACCUGGUAACUUGGGGUUUGGGCCAGUUUCAGCUCACAUUCGCAUCCAGAGCAGCUUUGCACAGUAGAGAGACCCAAGGAUGUGGAGGCUUUGGGUUGUUUUGUUGUUGUUUGGGGAUUGUUUGGGGUUUUUUUGUAAUUAAAAACUGUAAAAUAACCAGGGUGCUCCCUGUGUACA